CCCAUUUUGUGAUUUUAUAUGAGAAGGUAAUAAAAGAGAAAGUAGGGUUUAGUGUGUGGGAACAGAGAGAGGCAGAGAGGUUUGAAGAAUGAAGACGAUUCUUUCGUCGGAGACAAUGAACAUCCCAGAGGGGGUGAGCAUAAAGGUACAGGCAAAGGUGAUAACGGUGGAGGGACCAAGGGGGAAGCUGGUGAGAGACUUCAAACAUCUGAACCUUGAUUUCGAACUGAUUAAGGAUGGAGAAGGGAAGAGGAAGCUGAAGAUCGAUGCAUGGUUCGGCUCUCGGAAAACCUCCGCCGCCAUUCGCACCGCCCUCAGCCACGUCGAGAAUCUCAUCACCGGC